CGAAAGACCCCUCUUCCGUGUCUCGACGUUUCUCACUCUCUCCGUAAUCUCCUAAUUUCACAAAUCCCUUGAAUUUCUCUGAAGAAACCCCAGAUUAAUCUUCUAUUAUCAACCUUCGUGCAAGAAUCCUAGUGAUCGCUCAAUCCAACACACCAUGCUUCCUUUCUCUCCAACCAUUUCGAACCAGAUUCGGUUCUUGCUUCAGAGCUUGAAUGAUUCUAACUUCGAUUCUGUAUUUCGCGAGCUAUGCCAGUUUGUUGACUAUGGGAGUGAGGGGAGUAUUUUGCUUCUCCAGAGCUGUUUGGAUCAUGUGAAUUUUCAUGGGGGGGACAUGCAAAAUGUUCAAUGGAAACCAGAUAUUAUUGCUGCAAUCUUCAGAUAUUUGUUGGAUAAACCAAAUUUCAGUACUGUGUUAUCUGAAGCACUGAGAAGUACAGUGGUUAGUGAAGGAUUUCUUCGAGAUUUCUUUGGUGCAUUAAACUUCUCAGUUUCUGAGAAAAUUGCGAUAGGUCUUGCUUUGUCAGAUUCAGAAAAUCUUGAUAUAAGAACAAGUGGGCAAAACUUCUGCAUGUUCCAGAUUGAGGAACUGUGUUCCCAUCCUGCUUCCAUUGAUUCUCAAGAGCAGAUUCAAGAUAUUGUAAUGUUUCUUAACCGGACUGAGGGCCUUGCAACACAUGUGGAUUCCUUUAUGCAGAUGUUAUCUUUGUUGCAACUGAAAGAGAAGACUUCUUUUAUAUUAGCUCCGUUGUUUUCAGAUGAUUCACAUGAUGCUAGUUCUUUGAGUCAUUUGGAUCUAUUCUAUGAAUGCAAAGAAAAUGAUUUUGAUGCUGUUCUGGCGGAGAUAGAAAAGGAGAUAAGCAUGGCAGAUGUUAUGAAAGAACUCGGUUAUGGAUGCACGGUUAAUUCUUCACAUUGCAAGGAAAUGUUGUCUCUUUUUUUACCUUUGAAUGAAGUCACUCUUGCUAGGAUUAUUGGGACAAUUGCACGCACCCAUAUUGGUCUUGAGGACAACCAAAACAUGUACUCAACAUUCUGCUCUGCUCUUGGUAGCAGUUCAUCAUCUGAUACAUCGUGGUUGAGCUCCUGGAAUAUUGAUGUUCUUGUAGACUCAAUUAAGCAACUUGCCCCGGGAACUAAUUGGAUUAGUGUCAUGGAAAACCUGGAUCAUGAGGGGUUCUAUUUUCCUAACGAGGAUGCUUUUCGUUUUUUCAUGUCUGUUUAUGCAAAUGCGUGCCAGGAUCCAUUCCCGCUCCAUGCCAUUUGUGGGUCUGUCUGGAAGAAUGCUGAGGGUCAGCUGUCAUUCCUAAAAUAUGCUGUUUCAUCACCACCUGAAAUAUUUUCCUUCGCACAUUCUACAAGACAGAUGACAUAUGUUGAUGCUAUACAGGGUCAAAAGCUUUCAUAUGGAAAUGCAAACCAAGCAUGGUCAUGUCUAGACCUCUUGGAGGUGCUUUGUCAACUAGCUGAGAGGGGGCAUGUUGUUUCUAUCCGAUCAAUGCUCGAGUAUCCUCUUAAACACUGUCCCGAAGUCUUGCUUCUUGGCAUGGCCCAUAUCAAUACCACAUUUAAUCUCCUACAGUAUGAAGUAUCUUCAACUGUUCUACCCAUGAUUGUUGGAAAUGCUAUUAGAAGUGGUAUUGUUCUCCAAAUAUGGCAUAUCAAUCCUAAUCUUGUGCUGCGAGGAUUUGUAGAUAUUCACAGUGCUGAUCAAGACAACAUGUCAAGAAUUUUGGGCAUUUGCCAGGAACAGAAGAUUCUUUCAUCAGUGUUGGAUGCAGCCCCAUUUUAUUUCAGUAUUAAACUGGCUGCCCUUGCUUCUCGGAAAGAACAUAUAAAUCUCGAGAAGUGGUUAAAUGAUAAUCUAAGUACAUACAAAGAUGUCUUUUUUGAGGAAUGCCUCAAGUUCUUGAAGGAGAUAAUGUUCGAUGCAGCACAGGAUGUCCCUGCUACUCCAUUCCGGCAUACUGGUGCUAUGGUGAAUGCUUACUCAGAGACAAGUUCAACAAUAUUCAAGGUCCUUCAAGCCCAUUCUGGGCAGAUUACAUCUCGUCAGCUUUCUGAGGAAAUGAAAAAGUUGCAUGCAGCAUCUGUGCAUACUAAUCCUAGAUUGCAGAAUGGUGGAACCACCGAUUCAUCUACUUCUGAUGGAUAUGCAGAUGAUAUUGAGGCUGAAGCAAACUCCUACUUCCAUCAGAUGUUUUCUGGUCAGCUGUCCAUAGAUGCGAUGGUUCAAAUGCUUGCUCGUUUCAAGGAAUCUUCUGACAAAAGGGAACAAUCAAUUUAUGAAUGCAUUGUAGGGAAUCUAUUUGAGGAGUACAAGUUCUUCCCCAAGUAUCCAGAAAGGCAGCUUAAAAUUGCAGCUGUACUCUUCGGUUCUCUCAUAAAGCAUCAGCUUGUGACCCAUCUUACCCUUGGUAUUGCUCUCCGUUGUGUUUUGGAUGCACUCCGUAAAUCAGCUGAUUCAAAAAUGUUCGUUUUUGGGGUCAAGGCUUUGGAGCAGUUUCUGGACCGCCUAGUAGAGUGGCCACAGUAUUGCAAUCAUAUCUUGCAGAUAGCCCAUCUUCGUGGCACCCAUUCUGAGCUUGUUGCAUUCAUUGAGCGUGCUCUUGCUAGGAUAUCUUCAGGCCAUUCUGAACCCAAUGGUGGCAUUAGUUCUACUGAGCAGCACCAAGUUUCUACCCAGGCUCCCAUGGAAAAUGUGGAGGCAUCUGAAUCCUUGUGGCAGUUAGGGGGAUCUGGCACCACACAGCCUGGGCAGCAACUCUCCUCUGCUCUCCAGCUUCAGCAGCGACAGCAAGGUUUUCUUGAUGAGAGACCGAGAACAUCUACAACUUCAGUAAGCUACAUGAAGCCCGUUAUAUCUCCUGCUGGGCAAGCUUCACUUGUUUCCACCCAGGAUACGCUGAAUAAUCAAAAGCUGCCUGUCUCCCAAUCAUUCCAGACAGUUUCAUCGCAGAACACUGCAAGUGGUUUGGCAACUGUGUCAUCCUCAACUGGUUUUCUUCGUCCUUCCCGAGGAAUUGCAUCUACUGGUAUGCUUAGACAGCAUUCAUAUAAUACAGGGUUUGGUUCUGCUUUGAACAUUGAAACACUUGUUGCUGCUGCUGAGAGAAGGGAUACUCCCAUAGAGGCUCCCGCAUCGGAGAUUCAAGACAAAAUACUCUUUAUGAUAAAUAACAUAUCGGCUGCAAAUCUUGAAGCUAAGGCAAAAGAAUUUACUGAGAUUCUUAAAGAGCAGUAUUAUCCAUGGUUUGCACAGUAUAUGGUGAUGAAAAGAGCAAGUAUUGAGCCGAAUUUCCAUGAUCUGUACUUGAAGUUCCUAGACAAGGUUAAUUCAAAAGCACUGAAUAAGGAGAUUGUCAAAGCUACCUACGAGAACUGCAAGGUUCUUUUGAGAUCGGAGCUUAUAAAAUCAAGUUCAGAAGAGCGUUCCUUGCUGAAAAAUUUAGGCAGCUGGCUUGGGAAGUUCACUAUUGGCAGAAACCAAGCACUAAGGGCUCGAGAAAUUGAUCCUAAAGUUUUGAUAAUAGAGGCAUACGAGAAAGGGCUAAUGAUUGCAGUAAUUCCAUUUACCUCAAAGAUUCUGGAACCAUGCCAGGGCAGUCUAGCUUAUCAGCCUCCCAAUCCAUGGACUAUGGGCAUCCUUAGUUUACUUGUUGAGAUUUAUGCAUUGCCAAAUCUGAAAAUGAACCUCAAGUUUGAUAUUGAGGUCUUAUUUAAGAACCUUGGUGUGGAUAUGAAAGAUGUAAAACCAACUUCUCUUCUGAAAGAUCGUGUUCGGGAAGUUGAAGGCAAUCCCGAUUUUUCGAACAAGGAUAUUGGGGCAUCCCAAGCUCAGAUGGUUACUGAAGUUAAUUCAGGAAUUCUAUCUACAUUAGGUCAAGUUGAACUACAGCCUGAAGUUGUUAAUCCAUCUCACCCUGGUCAUUCAAAUGUACUAUCUCAGUAUGCCACUCCUCUUCAUCUGGCUUCUGGUCCAUUAAUGGAAGAUGAAAAGAUGGCAGCAUUAAGCUUAUCUGAUCGCCUUCCUUCUGGUCAAGGAUUGUCACAAGUUGCUCCAUCUCAGACACCAUUCUCUGUUAGUCAGUUACCCACUCCAAUCCCUAAUAUUGGAACUCACGUAAUUGUCAACCAGAAGCUUAGUAAUUUGGGCCUACAGCUGCAUUUUCAGAGGAUUUUGCCAGUCGCCAUGGAGAGGGCUAUCAAAGAGAUAAUAUCUCCUAUUGUUCAGCGUAGUGUCACAAUAGCCAUGCAGACAACAAAGGAGCUCGUUUUAAAGGACUAUGCAAUGGAGUCGGAUGAGAGCCGCAUAUAUAAUGCUGCACACUUGAUGGUGGCAAGCUUGGCUGGAAGUUUAGCUCAUGUUACGUGCAAGGAACCUCUUCGUGGUUCGAUUUCAAGUCACCUGAGGAAUUUGCUACAGGCCUUAAGUAUUGCAAGUGAACUUCUUGAACAAGCUGUGCAACUUGUUACAAAUGAUAACCUUGACCUGGGUUGUGCAGUAAUCGAACAGGCUGCAACAGAGAAGGCACUACAAAGCAUUGAUGGAGAAAUAGCUCAGCAACUUUCUUUAAGAAGGAAGCACAGAGAAGGUGUUGGUCCAACUUAUUUUGAUGCGAGUACUUAUACACAAGGUCCUAUGGGUGUGGUUCCAGAGGCUCUCCGCCCCAAACCUGGGCGGUUGUCCCAUUCCCAACAGCGAGUGUAUGAGGAUUUUGUUCGGUUUCCUUGGCAAAAUCAACCAAGCCAGAGUUCAAGCACCAUUGCUGCUGGUUCACCUGUGUCAUCUGGUGGUUCAAUUAGCUCUGGCCUCUCUCGUGCUUAUGGUUCAAUGUCAGGGCAGCUCAGUUCAGGGAUCUAUUCGUCUGUGCAAGGGGGCCAAGGAUUCAGUGCUGUGGGACAGCCCAUGGAUAUUAUUUCUGAGGAGAUGGACGCUGCUUCAACACAAUUACUGAGUGCUUCCUCACCUCAUAUUGGGGUGACUGAUGGUGUUAUGCAGCACACGUCUGAAAUCAAUUCUACGGUUGCUUCUUUUCCUCCAAGUGCUGGAGCCCCUGAAUUGCUUUCUGUGGAACCCUCACCUUCUGUGAAGGAUUCUGGAGCCACUACACAACCAUCACCUACAAUUUCUGCCGCAGAGCGCCUAGGAGGUGGCAUGUCAGAACCGUUAUUGUCCACAGGAGAUGCUUUAGAAAAGUACCUGCUUGUGGCACAGAAGCUGGAGGCUUUUGUAGCUAAAGAUGCCAGGGAUGCAGAAAUUCAGGGUGUUAUUGCUGAGGUUCCUGAAAUUAUACUCAGGUGCAUAAGUCGAGAUGAGGCUGCAUUGGCUGUGGCCCAGAAGGUUUUUAAGAGUUUAUAUGAGAACGCAUCCAAUAGUGUACAUGUUGGUGCUCAUCUUGCUAUUCUGGCUGCUAUUCGAGAUGUUUGCAAGCUUGUUGUCAAGGAGCUCACAAGUUGGGUUAUUUACUCAGAUGAGGAGCGGAAGUUUAACAAAGAAAUAACAGUUGGCUUAAUCCGCAGUGAACUGCUAAACCUUGCAGAGUACAAUGUCCACAUGGCCAAGCUUAUUGAUGGGGGAAGAAAUAAGGCUGCAACAGAGUUUUCCAUUUCUCUUCUCCAAACGUUAGUGGUUCAGGAAUCAGGUGUCAGUGUGUCAGAACUCCACAAUCUUGUUGAUGCUUUGGCAAAGUUUCAGCUUGCAAUGAGACCUGGAUCACCUGAAUCUUUGCAACAGUUGGUUGAGAUUGCCAGGAACCCUGCUUCUAAUUCCGCUGCUCUGUCUGGUCUAGCUGUUGGCAAAGAUGAUAAGGCCAGGCAAUCUAGGGACAAAAAGGUACCUUCUGGUCGUUCUAUGUCUGGUAGGGAAGACUAUAACAAUGCUGAAUCUGCAGCGGAUCCUGCUGGUUUUCGUGAACAGGUUUCUGUGCUCUUUGCUGAAUGGUACCGUAUUUGUGAACUUCCUGGUACAAAUGAUGCUGCUUAUACCCAUUAUAUUUCACAGCUACAACAGAAUGGAUUGCUUAAGGCAGAUGAUAUGUCAGAUCGCUUUUUCCGCAUCCUUACAGAACUUUCUGUGGCACAUUGCCUCUCAUCUGAGUCACUGCAAUCACCUCAACAACUCCAACAUUUAUCUUUUAUUGCUAUUGAUAUGUAUGCAAAACUUGUAGUUUUAAUCUUCAAGUACUGUGUGGUGGACCAGGGAUCAAGCAAACUACUACUACUGCCCAAGAUCCUGGCUGUGACUGUUAGAGUCAUCCAAAAAGAUGCGGAGGAGAAGAAGGCAUCAUUUAAUCCAAGGCCGUAUUUUAGAUUGUUCAUUAACUGGCUCUUGGAUCUUGGUUCUCCAGACCCUUUGCUAGAUGGUUCCAACUUCCAGGUGUUGACUGCAUUUGCAAAUGCUUUUCAUGCAUUGCAGCCUCUUAAAGUUCCUGGUUUCAGCUUUGCAUGGCUUGAGCUUGUAAGUCACAGGAGCUACAUGCCAAAAUUGCUUACUCUCAACCUUCAGAAAGGUUGGCCUUUUGUUCAACGCUUGCUGGUAGAUCUGUUUAAAUUCCUGGAGCCAUACUUGCGCAAUGCUGAACUGGGAGAGCCGGUUCACUUUCUGUACAAGGGCACUCUGAGGGUUCUACUGGUUCUUCUGCAUGAUUUCCCUGAGUUUCUAUGUGAUUAUCAUUUCAGCUUCUGUGAUGUCAUUCCUCCCAGUUGCAUCCAGAUGAGGAAUGUUAUUUUGAGUGCAUUUCCACGGAAUAUGAGGUUGCCUGAUCCCUCCACUCCCAACCUAAAGAUUGACCUGCUAGCAGAGAUCAGCCAAUCACCACGAAUCUUAUCUGAGGUUGAUACUGCUCUGAAAGGAAAGCUAAUGAAGGGCGACAUAGACGAGUAUCUCAAGACAAGGCAGCAAGGCUCUUCUUUUUUGGCAGAGCUGAAGCAGAGACUGCUGCUUUCUCAAGGGGAGGCAGCACAGGCUGGGACUCGGUACAAUGUACCUUUGAUCAACUCCCUUGUACUAUAUGUUGGAAUGCAGGCUAUCCAGCAACUUCAGGCCAAAACUCCAUCGCCGCAUGCACCACCAAUGGCUCAGGGUGCUUCCAUGGAUAUUUUCUUGGUUGGUGCUGCCAUGGAUAUAUUCCAAACUCUGAUAGCGGAUUUGGAUACUGAAGGGCGUUACCUCUUCCUCAAUGCAGUUGCUAACCAGCUGCGCUACCCAAAUAACCAUACUCAUUACUUCUCAUUUGUCCUUCUUUAUUUGUUUGCUGAAACAAAUCAGGAAAUCAUCCAGGAGCAAAUAACAAGAGUGUUGUUGGAACGCCUGAUUGUCAACCGACCCCAUCCCUGGGGCUUGCUAAUUACAUUCAUUGAGCUCAUCAAGAAUCCUAGGUAUAACUUUUGGAAUAGGUCAUUCACAAGGUGUGCGCCAGAGAUAGAGAAACUGUUUGAAUCAGUCUCAAGAUCAUGCGGGGGUCCCAAACCUUUGGAUGAUGCUAUGGUUUCUGGUGGGAUUUCUGACAAUGCACAUUGAGUAUUAGAUUAGGUUUUGACACAAUUCACAAACCGAAAGCAAGCGCAUGGUGGUGCAUCAUGGGCGCACUUGGAACGUAGACAAUUGUAAAUUAGUAACCCUUCUAGAGGGGGGUGUCCUUUAUUUGUAUAGUCUCAUUUUUGUCCAAAGGCUUGUUUAGAUAUGUUCACAUUUGCAGCGGCAGAUGACUGGUUCUUCGAUGGAUGUUGGACGAAUGGGGAUCUAGUGAUAAUUAUGGUUGUUGAUAAGUUGAAGACUCCAGUUUUGGAGCUGCACCAUAGUUGAAAGUUGAAGCAUUUUAUUUUGGUAUUAACAAAGAUGAAACACUUGGAUUACUGUCA